AUGGCCCCCUCGCCGCUGCUCGUCCGGCCGCCGGCGAUGGCGAAUUCACCCCUUCCGCCUACCCGAUGCGCGGCCGCGGUAGCAGCGGCGACGGCGAUUCGGACGGCUCCCGCAGCCCCACUCUCUAGGCUCCGUACCAAGUGUAGGUUCGCCGCAUCGGAUGUGAGAGAAGACUACCCAUCCAUUCCGAUAGAUAUUGUCGCUGAUGUGAAGACGGAAAAGAUUGUGGUGUUGGGAGGAAGUGGAUUCGUUGGUUCUGCGAUCUGCAAAGCUGCUGUCUCUAAAGGCAUUGAGGUUGUGAGCUUCAGCAGGUCAGGAAGACCAUCUUACUCUGAUCCCUGGGUUGAUCAAGUCAAUUGGCUAGCAGGAGAUGUUUUCUAUGCAAGAUGGGAUGAAGCAUUGAUUGGGGCUACCGCUGUUGUGUCUACCCUUGGAGGAUUUGGCAAUGAAGAACAAAUGAAAAGGAUAAAUGGUGAGGCAAAUAUCAUAGCAGUAAACGCUGCAAAAGAAUAUGGAGUCCCGAAGUUCAUUUUAAUCUCUGUACAUGAUUACAAUCUUCCAUCCUUUCUUCUUACCUCGGGUUACUUCACUGGUAAGAGAAAGGCGGAAUCUGAAGUCCUUUCCAAAUACCCAGCCUCAGGUGUUGUGUUGAGGCCAGGCUUCAUUUAUGGUAAAAGGAAAGUAAAUGGCUUUGAGGUACCGCUUGAUGCUGUUGGACAACCAUUGGAGAGGUUGCUCUCCUCUGUUGAAAAUUUCACCAAACCAUUGAGCUCACUGCCUGCCUCUGACCUAAUCCUUGCACCCCCUGUGAGCGUGGACGAUGUUGCCUACGCGGUAAUCAACGGAGUCAUAGAUGACAGCUUCUUUGGGGUGUUCACCAUUGAACAAAUCAAGGAAGCUGCAGCCAAGAGUGCUCUUUUGCCCUUCCUCCAAGCCCGGCCAGCGGCCAUGGCAUCGUACUCGUGCAUACGAUACAUGUACAUGGGCGUGCAGCGUGCUCAUCGUCUCCGGCAGUGCAGCGGCACCCUCCCUAUGAGCACUACCGCCAGCGUUGCCACGAUGGUCCCUCAGCUGCGCCGUGCACCCGAGGGCCAAGUUCCGCACCACCGUCGGGAACGGAUGUUCAUGCAGUGCUUUAGUGGCAAUUGGCAGCAGCUGUCCUGCUGA